GUCCACCAUAGAAAGCAAGAAGAAUCCAACAAAAGGGAGGGAGAGAGAGAAGAUGGUUAUUGAAGAGGAAAGUAUGAGAAAAGGGCCAUGGACAGAGCAAGAAGAUUUCCAACUGGUGUGCUUUGUGGGGUUAUUUGGCGAUCGCCGGUGGGAUUUCAUCGCCAAAGUAUCAGGUUUGAAGGUGGCGGGAGAAAUACCUUGUUCAAGUCCUAGCUAGGCCUCAAAAGAACCGGCAAAAGCUGCCGUCUCCGUUGGGUCAAUUACCUCCACCCCGGUCUCAAGCGCGGCAAGAUGACUCCCCAAGAGGAGCACCUCGUUCUCGACCUGCACUCCAAAUGGGGUAACAGAUGGUCGAGGAUUGCUAGGAAGCUGCCAGGACGAACAGAUAACGAGAUAAAGAACUUCUGGCGAACCCACAUGAGAAAGAUAGCGCAGGAGAAGAAGAAAGCGGCUGCAGCCACCACCGUCAUCCUCUCUCCAUCGUCCUCCUCCAACUGCUCCUUGGCCUCGAACAACCCGGCCAUCGACUCGCUUCCCUCGGUGGAGAUCGGAGAAGAAAGCUUCUACGACACCGGGGGACAUCGAGUCGAAAACACAGAAGAGGAAGAGGAUUACAGCAUGGAUGAUAUUUGGAGAGACAUCGAUCAAACUGUUUGUGAUGAUGAGAAGAUGAUGUGCAACUUCAGCUGGGCUCCGGUGGCUUCUCCGCCGUGGGAGUACGGGCAGUACCCGCCGUGGAAGGUGGCCGAGGAGGAAAACAAGGCGUUUGCGGCGAUGAAUAUUUAUGACCACGGCGAGGCGGUUGCUCUAACAUGAAAACCAUAGAAUUUAAUUCAUUUUAAAAAUUGUUAAUAGAGAAGUUUAAAUAAUAUUAUGUUUUUGUGUUUUUGAAUGGAGGGAUAAGGGAAAGCUCUGACCUGUAUAGCAUUUUGGAGUUUCCUUUAGACUUUAUUGCUGCAUCUCAUGCAUGACCACCAUACCCCACUUUUCAAACUACUGUUACAAGUUCUGUGUGAUCUUUCCCAUUUUUAGUAGAAAGUUAAUUAAAAUUGCCUUUGGCUCUAAA